AUGAGAUUACCAAAUAUGAUUUCUGAAGCACAAAAGCAUUUUGGUUGCAACGAAAUUCCAGGAAUCCAGUUAGAUUCUAACCACUUAAGUCACAGAGUUAUGGGUAAUGAUAUCUUGACGCCUAAUAGACUAGAGUCAAACCUGGUUUCCAGAAUACUUCUGGCUUACUUUAAGGAUACAAACAUGUAUGAUGUCGACUAUUCCAUGGCCGAUGAUUUCAAAUGGGGAAAAGGAUUAGGUUGUGAUUUCGUAAUGAAGAGCUGUUAUGAAUUCAUUCAGAAAAGGAAGAUGUUGAAACAAGAUAUUCAGCCGUUCUGUGAUACUCCAUGGGAAAAAAGAUGUAUAAAUUAUGACAGGGCAAUAGGUCGAUGUUCAUUGUUUGAUUCGGAAACUGAGCUGCCGUUGCACUUUCAGUAUGCCGAUAAUUCUUUUAAUGUACCUCGUGAUAAACAAACGUAUUAUUCAGGUCCCGAUAUAUAUGAUUACUGUCCUGUCUAUGAAAUGUUCAAACUAUACAAUGGUCGAACAUCAGCAUGCAGAUUCAAUCUGAACCUAAAAUCAGAUCUAAUAAAUAAUGAAUAUCUAGAAGAUAUGGGUCCAGAUUCAACCUGCUUCGAUCACGAAAAGAUCUUGAGAAAAAACAAAACAACAAAUGAAGUUUAUCCUAGAACAUCAUCAUGUCAUAAAUAUAAAUGUUCGAAAAAUGCUGAUCUUCAAGUGAUUAUAAAUGGAAAGAGUUUCCCAUGUCGCGCUGGCGAUCGAUCUGCUCAUUUGAAGUUGGAAGUACAAAAUGUUGAAUUUUCCACGGAUAUACAUUGUCCUCCAUGUCAAUCUGUCUGCAAUGUUGGUUGA